UGACGGUGGUUUUUGCUUUUGCUUUCUGACCAUUUGGCUGUUGUGCAGUGUCAGGGAGGGUGUGGGUAGCAAGCGGGUGUGAUCGCUCACUGAGGCCGGGGUCUGAGUCGUGUUUAGGCCCCUGCACAUCUCUGGGGCCAUGGAGAUACUGAGAUACAUUAAACAGGCUUAAAAGAGCAACAUUUCUAAAUGAACUAACAUUUUCCAUGCUUCCUAUUAAUUUUCAUAAGUUAGGAAAUGUGCUCUAUUUUUAAAUAUAUUAGGAAAUAUAAUAUAGAAAACUAUUUACCAUUAAUGGAUUUUUAAAGUAUGCAGUGACUAAUUUUUUAAUAUAUAGCCCUCUCUAUAUCCUGCCCCUAUCUGGGACUGUUCUGGAGGGUCUUCAGCCAUGUCUGAUGUUGCCUUUGGGAUGGAGUCUGGUCUCUGGGAUGUGAUGAGGUGGUUUGGGCUUGUUGCCCUGUUCCUGGCCUCAGUCCUCACCUUGGCACUGUAUGGGCUUCAUUGUGUCGUUGGGGUAUCCUGGGAGAGGAUUAAACCCAAGUUUGGGUUUAGGGCGGUAGGUUCUCCUCCAAGUGACCCUUCCGAUGGGGCAGCCACUCUCCUCUCCUGGCUGCUGGCCUUGGAGAGCUGGAAUUGUCAGUGGCAGAAGGCUUGGAUCAGUGCACUCAACAAGGCAGCCGUGGAGAACAGGAGUUCAUUCCAGCUCACCGUUGAUAAUGUGGGUCCAUGUUCAUCUCCGCUGGCUCUGAGUCAUGUUACCAGUGUUAUCAAAUCAGAACAACAGUUGGUUUUUGGAUGCCACGUGACUGGAGAGGAUGCCCAGUUUUCUAUCACAGUGACACAGGAGUCGCCUGUUGCUAUGGGAAUGGAAUCCUUUAAUGUCCAAGUGUCUCCACUUCAUAUUGAGCUGGAGAUUGACGUUCAAGCAGCUGAUGUUGUACGAGUCACAUGGAGCCUUGUGGAUGGUCAAAGCUUAAAUUUGAAGGUGACACCAAGAAUUAAAAAGGAGGUAGCAGAAGGGGAUGCAGACCUAGAGACCAUUCAUACACUCUUGCAAGAUUUGCUAACCUCAGCCCGUCCAAUGGUCAUACUGACUAUGAAGGCUGCACCUUUAAUGGAUAAUAAUAAUUUUCCAGUCUCUCAGAGUUUGCCAAAUGCAGAGUUAUCUUCGCAGAUUUUCUCACCUCCCAAACCACCUAGGGCUCAUGAACGGAAACUUCAAGUGAAGAUCAUCAAAGUGGAGGACCUCGCAGCUCCCGAUAUUGCCGAAAGUAUCCAUCCAUAUUGUGUUGUGGAGUUGGACAACCCAGUGCAGAAGGUGUCUAGUUCAGUGAUGAGCAGUGUUUCCAUUCCCCUGUGGGACCAGCAGUUUGUGUUGAAGACCUCAGCACCGAAAUCUGUUCGGCUCAAACCCUCGUCGCUCAGAGGAAACGGUUAUGGGCAGUUGGAGCUGAGUGCCAAGUCAAAGAAACUUCACAUGCAGGUUUUGGAGGAUGGAAGACCCUCGGAGAUACUUGGUGAGGUGACAGUACCAAUAGAUCUAUUCAAGAAACAGCCCAGUGGGAGGCAAAGCUUUCCGUCUGGCUAUGCAUUUAUGAAUGGGAUAAAGUUCUGUUAUGUGGAACCCAAUGAAAUGAAAUCUCGACAGUCCCCCACACUGCUUCCAGCAAAGAAAGUAGAGAAGGAUCGAACAGUCAUGCCUUGUGGCACCGUUGUUACCACGGUAACCGCUGUUAAGACCAAGCCUCGAACAGAUGGGAAGCCUUGUAUAUCGCCUACAGACACCCCUGUAAAGUCCUCCACAGAUGUGAAAGACGCAGAUGAGGAAUCCUUGGCGCUGAGAAACUCUGAGCAGGGUGCACCUGUUAGCAAACUCUUGUCAUCAUCUGAUACAGAACUCCUGCAUUUGAGUGGCACCGACCCCGUGGCUGAAGCAGCAAUUCGGCAGCUUACUGAGUCUGCGAAGCACAAGCUGAAGUCUCCCAUCAAGAAAAGUACCAUUGUUAUUUCAGGUGUUACAAAGGCUCCCUUGGCUGUGGAUGAUGAAAUGACCCUAUCGGCCAACUACGCAGCUGCGAUGGAUGCAUCCUUGAGGCAGGAACCUUCACCUCACCCUUCCUCCAACAGCACUACUGAGCUCUCUUCUGAGAAAACACUAACCCAAAGCUUACCCGAGGCUGAGAUUUGUGCUACUGAAGAAACUUCGUCCUCGUCGUCAGCAGUUGGAGCUGAUGGACAGUUUAACCAAUGGAACGCCGGCUUUCAGGAAGACCUGGAUUUUGAGCAGAAGUCCACUAGCUCCUUUGACAGCUCAAAAGUGGGAACAGUGAAAAAAUCUAAAGGCGGCUUUAUGCGAAGUGGUGUAAAAUUCUUUACCCGGCGCAGACAUCAUCAGAAAGAGCCUGGGAUGAGCCAGUCACACAAUGACCUGGUUUAUCUGGAGCAUCCAACGCCCCUGGAGAAAGAGAGGAAGUCGGCCAGGAAACAAAUUAAAAGGCUUUUCCCAAAAUCCAAAAGUAAAGCUAAAGUUAAUGGCUCCACAGCAGACUGAGGUUCCUGAGCACUUGAGGCUCUCUCCUUUUUCCCCAUUCUCUUCCUCCGUCCCACACCAAUGCACUGUGACUAAGGAAUGUGCAGACUCCAAAAGCCUCAAGGUUUUAUUUGACUUGCAAUUACAGAGGCUUUUUCCAUCAGGAUUAUUCCAGUUUAGAAGGAAACUUUAUUUUUUAAAAUUUUACUUCACUUAUUGAGGAAAAAUUGCAACACUUUUUCCGGGAGGGAUUUGGGCUUUCAUAACGUUCUGGAUUUUUUUUCUCAGUUAUGGGAAUUGAGUAUAGUUCCAGUAUUUGGAAAUGACAGGGCACCUCUGUUUUAUCAUGCACCCAGUCCCUAAUGCUGAUAAAGCCUGCUUAAGAUGCACCCAUUCUUCAGAUAAAUCUGUGCCUAUCUGACCUGAUUGUUACCAGGUUAGAAUAAGUUUGCAGCAUGGUUCAAUGUCCAACGUAGUUUCAAUUCAUUAUUGCCAAAUCGAGUUUAAAGGAUUGCAGUAGAGUUGAAAGCCAAAGAUCUUCAUUUAGACUGCUGUGUCUGUUCUUCUUUCAGCUCUUCUGCCAUUCUAUUCCCCAUCUCCAUUUGCCCCUCUCCACGUUAAAACUGACCAGAAGGUAACUCUCCAGACUUGUGCAGAAGGCAUGGGUUCCAAGGCUGACUCUCUGGACCUCAACGGAUGGGACAGGUCC